UAAUUCUCUAUAUUUCUCUUUAUGUUUACCUUCUGUUCUAUGUUUAUGUUCUGUAAAGCUGCUUUGAGACAAAGCCCAUUGUAAAAAGCGCUAUACAAAUAAACUUGAAUUGAAUUGAAUUUUGUUCUCCGGUCCCCCGGACACACGGUGGCGCUGCUCUGAAAGAUACAGUACAUUUUGUCUGAACAACUUGAUGUGAAGUUGCGGUUAGAGCUACAUUCUGUUUACGUCUCUUGAGAUUUCUUUCAGUCGAUGCAACAAAUAACGGGAGAAGUUUCCAGAAGCCUCUCAUCCAUGAUGAGAAAGCGAAGAGCCGAGUGUUCGUCAAUCCAGGAGGCUCCUCUUCCUCCUCCUCAGAAGAAACGUAGCUGUGUGUGUGAUACAGGACGCGAGCUGGAGCCUGCACUUUUCACCACUGUAUACGGAGAGGGCUGCAGAAAGAGACCUGGAUGCUGCGAGGACCACGAACAACGCUGCAAAAUAGUGGCACCAGGAGGAAAACUGAGCAACGUUACAGACGACGUAAAGAAGGAGACAGAGAACGAGCGCGUUUCUGGAAAGUUCCGAGGCGCGAGCGAUGCGUGCACACGCGAGAUGACGUCAGAAGAAAGCACGAGGUCAAACUUGAAUAAGCGUACAAAGGUAACGCUUCCUGAUGAAAACAAGGAUGAGCUUUGUGCAUUUAACUCCUUCCAGUUCUGGAGAACUCCUCUGCCUGCGUUAGACCUGUCACUCCUAGACACUCCAUCUACCACUGAGCUUGGCGAAGACAUUUCUCUCAAAGAUGCUACGGAGGAAAUGGAGACGUGAUGCAGCAGCAUCACACCUUAUAAAACUCCUGUGCUGAAGUGAUACCAUAUAAACUCUUGUGGUGAUGGGUUUUGAUUAGAGGACGGGUGAGCUCCAGGAACUGACUCUGUAGAGAGAAAAAAAUAGAGGGAAUAGCAAUACCAACUCCAGUAUAAUAUUCCAGUUUUGCUUUCAAACUGUGUUAGAGAGAGCUUUAAAAUUUUGCCACUUGUUUUUUUUUUUUUCUCUCUUUCUAUUCUCUCCAAAAUGUAAUGAUCUAUGAUUAGAGUCAUUGUUAAAGCACAAACCGGAUUAAUGUUUGUUAAUGGGACAAUGUGCUGCUAUCUCAAAUUUAAGAACAUCUGAAAUUCAAAUCCCAGGACUGAACUGGUGGAUCCCGAGCCGAUCUGGGAACACAGGUGUUCAGGUGUACAGCCUGGAUGGGACACCAGAGCAUUAUAAAUACACACACAUUCACACACUUACUCACACAGAGGAGCAGGUAAUCAUAGCCACUGUAUCUACAUGUUUUGAAGAGGAAACCAGAGAACCUAUAGGAUUUUUUAGAAUUCCACACAGACAGGAAGCUGAUGAUGACGAUCGAACCCUGGAGCUGUGAGGUGGUGUCCUUAUCGAAGCCAAAUGUACACAAUACUAUUAUUUGGUAGCUACAUUAGCCUCGUAAGUCUUCAUCAAACAAAUUUUUGUAUUCAGUUUUCAGAAGGGAACUCUUAGGUGAUUCAAGACUUUUCUCAACACUGUUGCUUCCAGCUUGAGCAGCUUAGUUCUGUGCUUGAAUGGAUGCUGCCUUGUGUUCAGGUUGCUUUGUAUAUCGGCAGCAUCUGCAAAAUUGUUAAUAUAAUGACUGUGAAUCCAGAUUUCUAAAAUCAAAAAUUCCCUUUUUUGCUUUGGAUAUCUUGGAUUAUUUCUUAUCUUUUUGUAAGCUUGACCAUUCUAAGUACUUUUUCUUUUCGUCCAAUUCUUGUGUAUUUAAAAAACAAACAAACAAACAAACAAAAAAAACCCGUCCAUUUGGUUUGUCUACUGCAGCUGUAAUAAAAUGUGAACUUUAUUCCUAUGCUGCUCUAUUUGUGGGUUUAAGUCCAUGCCUUAGUUUGAGAUUUAUUUUUUUUAAGCUUAAAGAAGCCACACUUUGAGAUAAACGCCAACCUUCUUGAAAUCUGACAUUUCAAGUAUCUGUAUCAGUGAGGGAUUCUAAUUGAGAAAUAAAGAUGAUCAGCUUAUUGUUUUAAAUGGAGUUUGUUAGAAACUGCUCAUGACUGCAUCACCAAUCAGCUAGUUGUUUCCAAUGGAUCCAACUCCUCUUAAAAGUUUAACAAAUAGUUAUGUUAAAACCACUUAGUGUUUUGCUUUCAAACCUUAGCACUUUCACAAUGAAACAAAAUAAUCUUGAGACUGCCUCCGUGUUGGGUCAACCUCCAGAGACCUUUGAGCCGAGCAAAGGAGGAAAAACGAAGUGGAAGUGUUUUCUCUCGACCCCCCCCACCACCACCACCACCAUUGAGUAACAGCCAGUGAUAUACCAGGCAUUGUAACUAUUGCACUUUUGUAGCAAACCUGCUUAGCAAACCUUGUCUUAAAUGAUGUGACAUUAAAUACCCAGCUACAGGAUUAUCGAGCACACACUACAGCAGUACCCAGUGUCUGAGUCAGAGCUUCAGAGCCACGCCCACUUUCCUUCCUGCUCUCCUCAGCGCGAGCUCGUGCGCCAAAAGCGUGGAGAUGUCUGACUGAACGCGCGCGCUCACCCUGUCAAGAUGCAGUCUGGAAAGUCAUGGAUCCAGAUGACCUUUUGUAAGAGGGAGUGUGUGAGGUUUUUACCAGCAUCCAGGGACCACCACAGGUGUUUUCCUGUUUGUCAUGUUUGCCAAAACCUAGUCAGGUGCUGCUGUGGGAGGUUGAUCAGUGAGCAUUCAGAGCUUGACUUCAGUACUUGGCUUCCUCCAUCUGGGGAAGAAGAGGUGUGGUGUGUUGUUCAGCACACCAAAACCAGCCCCACUGAUGCAUUCGGCUCCAUUGACUUCCCGGGCAGAAACAAGUGUUCCUGCCGUGCUAAGUAUGUGCGUCUGUCUUGCGAUGCUAAACCUGAAGAACUUCUCUGUUUAAUGCUGCAAGAGUGGAAAAUGGCUCAACCCAAACUGCUUAUAUCAGUGCAUGGAGGAACAGACAACUUUCCCUUACCCCCAAGAGUGGGACAGGUGUUCAGCAAGGGCCUCAUCAGAGCUGCCGAGACUGCAGGAGCCUGGAUUUUCACUGAUGGCUUCAAUACAGGAGUAUCAAUGUAUGUUGGAGACGCUGUAAAAGUCUACGGUAUGCAUGAGCGCAGGAAGAGAUCUGUGAUUGGAAUCACACCUUGGGGGCUUAUUGAGAACCAUUCUGACCUCAUAGGACGAGACGUCCUGAGGCACUACCAGACUUUGGGGAAUCCACUGAGUAAGCGCUCUAGUCUUAAUGGCCUGCAUUCGCAUUUCCUGUUAGUGGAUGAUGGAACUCUGGGUAAAUCUGGAGGCCAGCAGGAGCUGAGGAGAAAGUUGGAAAGGCAUAUCCAACGACAGAGGAUCCACCCCAGACUGGAUCAGAGAGUUCCCCUGGUGUGUGUGGUGGUUGAAGGGGGUCCCGCUGUGCUCUCUACAGUGCUGGAGUAUGUGAGCAGGUCUCCUCCUGUGCCUGUGAUUGUGUUUGAGGGCACCGGCCGGGCCGCAGACCUGUUGUCUCUCAUCCACAAACAGACAGCAGCAGACAGGGAGCUGGAUGUAAAUAUGAAGGAGGAUUUCUUGAAGCGCAUUGAGAAUGUAUUUGGUGUUGCAAAAAUGAAGGCAUAUCAGCUUUUCACUCUGCUUAAACAUUGCAUGGAGCACAGAGAGCUGAUCACGAUUUUUGACUCUGAUUCAGAGGACCAUUUGGAAGCAGAUGUGGCUAUUUUGACAGCUUCACUAAGAGGCACACCAGCAGAGAAACUGAGCGUGACACUGGCCUGGGACAGAGCUGACAUUGCUCAGCAACAUGUACUGGUGUAUAGCCAUCACUGGAAGGUGGGGGAUCUGGAGCAAACCAUGCUGAACGCUUUGCUGAUGGACCGUGUCAGUUUUGUAAAGCUGCUUAUUGAGAACGGAGUGACCAUGAAGCACUUCCUGACAGUGUCUCGCCUGGAGGAGCUCUAUAACAUGCGGCAUCAAGGUUCCAUAGAUCACUUCUUGCGCCAUAUCGUUGAGGAUGCCAAACAGUGUCGACUUCCUAGGAGAUAUAAGAUCUCUCUGAUUGAUAUCGGCAUGGUGAUCGAAUAUUUGAUAGGUGGAGCUUAUCGGAGCACAUACAGGAGCAAGAGCUUCAAAGCUGUAUAUAACAAUAUUCAUAGCAAAAUGAAGGAAGGCAGUGAGGACCGUUCAGUAUCGGGAAGAACUGGCACAGAGACAUCUGAGACAAAUAAACAGCCUCAAUUCUACAGAACUGCAAAUCCUUACAGACGCCAGAUGAAAUCAGAAUCAGUGCCUAAUACAGUGGAGGCAGUAGAGGCAGAGCUCGGCGGCUCGUCCCUGUUUGUCUACAGUUUCAAUGACCUGUUUGUGUGGGCAGUGCUAAAGCGGCGGCAGCAGUUGGCACUCUUCCUCUGGCAGCAUGGCGUGCAGGCAAUGGCCAGAGCUGUGGUGGCAUGUAGGCUGUACCAGGCCAUGGCUAGUGAAGCCAAGGAAAGCAACAUGGAUGACAGCAUUACUGAUGAGCUCAGGAAAUAUUCUCUAGAGUUUGGCCAGCUUGCUGUGGAUCUACUGGAUAAGGCAUUCAAGGAGAAUGAGCGCAUGGCCAUGAAGCUGCUGACCUGGGAGAUGACAGAUUGGAGUAACUUCACUUGUCUGCAAAUGGCUGUGGCCUCAGGCCACAUACCCCUUGUGACCCACUCAUGCACCCAGAUGCUUCUCACAGACCUGUGGAUGGGUCGCUUGAACAUGAGGAAGAACUCCUGGUUAAAGAUCAUUGUGAGUAUACUGAUUCCUGUGGGCAUCCACCUGCUAGAGUUUAAGAGCGAGGCCGAGAUGUCCCAUGUGCCUCAGAGUCAAGAAGCUCUUCAGUUUGGGAGGGACACUGGAGAUCCAAGAACAGAAGAUGUGAUGCAAACAAAUGAGAGUGAUGCUGAGAGAGGGAGGAGCCAUGUAAACCACCGGCCAAAUCUCACUGCAUGGUGGUUACCAUGGUCCAGGAAGGUCUAUGACUUCUACAAUGCACCAGUGGUCAAAUUCUGGGUCCACACAAUGUUCUACCUGAUGUUCCUUGCACUUUUCUCCUACACGGUAUUGGUGCGGAUGGAGCCGAGACCCAGCGUCCCCGAAUGGAUGGUUUUUGCCUACAUCUCAUCCACAGCUGUAGACAAGAUCAGGGAGGUGUGGGUUUCUGAGCCUAGUCGACUCAGCAAAAAGCUGAAAUUGUGGUUCAGCGAAUACUGGAACAUGAACGAGUUUGUCGCCAUCAUUCUUUUUUUCACGGGCAUGGCGCUGCGCUGGUACAAGGGCCUAAUACACAUCACGGGGCGCAUCAUUUACUGCCUGGACAUCAUUUUAUGGUUUGUGCGUCUGUUAGACCUGUUGGCUGUUAACCAGAAAGCUGGACCCUACCUCACCAUGAUCUCCAAAAUGAUGAAGAACAUGUUCUACAUUGUGGUCAUCAUGGGCAUUGUUCUGGUGAGUUUUGGUACACCUCGGUGGGCCAUCCUAAAUCCCCAUGAGGGACCAUCCUGGAACCUGCUGAAGCAAGUGCUCUUCCAGCCCUACUUCAUGAUGUUUGGGGAGGUCUACGCUACAGAGAUUAAUCCCUGUGAAGAAAAUCCCAACUGUCCUCCUGGAUCAUUCCUCAACCCACUGCUUCAGGCUGUCUACCUCUUCAUGCAGUACAUAAUCAUGGUCAACCUCCUUAUUGCUUUCUACAACAAUGUUUACAUUGAGAUGAAGAACAUAUCCAACCAGUUUUGGAGGUACAACCGCUAUCGUUACAUCAUGACCUAUCACAAAAAGCCACUUCUGCCUCCGCCUCUGAUCUUUCUGAGUCACACGGCCUUGUGCAUCAAUGCAGUCUGGCAGAAGCAUAGACGGACAUCUACACAUGACCAAGGCUCUGGCCUUAAGCUGUUCUUGGCUCCUGAUGAUCUGAAGAAGCUGCUGGAAUUUGAGGAAAGAUGUGUGGCUGGCUAUUUUUGUGACAAACACGAGAGACAGCACUGUAGCGAGAUUAACCGGAUCUGCGUUGCUACAAACAAGGCAGAGGAGAUGAUGGGUACAUUAUCUGAGGUAUCUGAGAAGGUCCAGUUCAUCCAGGAGAGCCUUCAGACGCUGGACGCUCAACUUGGUCAGCUGCAGGACCUGUCUGCUCUUGCCGUGGACACACUUAAACUCCUUUCAGCAUCUGAAAACAGGCAGCAGGAAGCUGUCCAUCUUUGUCCCAGCCCCCGAAUCACAGUUACACCUUAUUCAUCCAUUGGGAACGUCACCCCAAACCACACCGCUCGGUCUCCAAAGGCUUAUUGGAGCAAUCCACCAUCCCUACUGCGUGGCUCAGCCCAUAGCAAGUCAUACAGCACUUCAGAGCAUCCGCCAGGGAGUACAAGCAGCUUCUUUGACAGCAAGCUCAAGUGGGUGCUUGGAAAUUUGGAGGCAGAGCACAGCAGUCCAAGACAGAGACUUGGUGGAGACUCGUCCAUAGGAUUCCGUCUCUCACAUGGAUCUCUGACCAAUUUGUGGUCAGACCAGCAUGGGUCACCUGGACCUUCAUGCACCAGCUCUCUCACCACAGUCUGGGAUCAUGAGCCACAAAUUCCACCAAGCCAGGAGGAGUCCAUGGAGGAGGAAGAGGACGACGACGACAACGACAAUGACGAUGAUGACGAUGUGUUUAUUGACACCAGAGCCACGAGGAACAGCAUGCUCGGCAUUGUGAAUCCAGCUUUCUGUGGUGAUAGUGAUUUAGCCAUGCCCAAACAAGCUCUCUUUGGCAGGAAGUUGCCAUUUGCAAUAGACAGAGAUCUGGGGCAGAGCCGCUCACUUUCUGCUAGUGUGGAGACAUUGGCCACGCCCACAAAUAGGCACAGUGUUUCAGGAGAAUCCAUACCAUUGCAUCCAGGACCGAAGAACAGGGAUCUUUACAGAAUCUUAGAAAGGAGGCGAUCAUUUGGCCGAAAGUGUGUCAAGAUCAAAGAAGGAGAAGCAACCGAUGUAAGAAGACUGGAAAGGGAUUUGACACGGAGGAGCAGACGAAAAGGGAAGGGAUUGGCUGGACGCAAGUUCCGAUCAUCUGUCAGUCUGUCUCAGCUCACUUUUGAUCAUGUGGAUUUCUUGCAGAAAUCACUCAGUUUGGCUCAGAAUACAAGAAGCCCCAGCCAAUCAGUUUGGAACAGUUGGGUGCACUCAGCCAGCCGUCGUUCCUCGGUGCAGAGCUGGGCAGCAGUCGAAUCUCGAGCUUCAUUGUUUAAGUCAACUGAAGAUUUGGACCCACAUUACUCAGCUAUGGAGAGAAACAACCUGAUGAGAUUAGCACACACGAUCCCUUUCACACCGGUGUCCCUGCUGGGAGGAGAGGAGGUGUACAUCUACACUCUGGAGGAGUCAGAUCCAGACUCCAUACUCUCCAGCACCUCCUCGUGGUGUCAGAGAGGUCAUGCGGCCGUACUGCAGCCCGUGUCAGAGCAGGGAGUGCUGGACGGUGGGCUGCGCCGUGCUCAGUGGGUACUGUGCACCUGGGCAGAGGAAGAUGUGCUAAAACCCGGCUGUGUGUACGUGGUCAAGUCCUUCCAUGAGCAGGUGGUGCACACGUGGCAGACACGGUUCCCCAACAGCACCACCAUAGAUCUCUGCUUAAGGGAAAUCCAGCAGCAGAGGGCAGCCCAAAAGCUCAUGCAGGUCUUCAAUCAAAUCAAGCCCAGCUCUGAAGCUCAGUCUCUCAGAUUUCUGGAUCUGUCCCUGGUGUACUGGCAGGCUAAAAACCAAUGGCUAACCAUAGAGAGGAGCAUGAAGGGUGACUUUAAGAAGUACAACAAUAAUACAGGAGAAGAAAUCACGCCCUCUUGUGGCCUCGAAGAGAUGGUGCUGGCUUUCUCACACUGGACUUACGAGUAUACAGAGAGAGAGCUGCUGGUACUGGACUUGCAAGGUGUGGGAGCGGAGCUGACAGAGCCAUCUGUGAUCAGAGCAAUUGAUAACAGCUCUUCCAGAGAUUUGAUGUUCGGCACAACCAGUUUGGAUGAGGAUGCAGUCCGGAGUUUUGUCCACAAUCAUACCUGCAACUCAUGCUGCAGGAAGCUUGGCCUUACAGAUUUGUGGAAGAACAGCAAUCUUCACAAUCCAGCCUCCGAAGACUGUGUCAGCACAGUUUGACCUUUACCCCAGAUGUGUUUAUAUAUUUUUUUUUCCUCACCUGGCGUGUUCAUUCUGGCCCUUUAACACAUCCCACAACACAAACUGUGUCUUCUGCCACAACUUCAUUACUCGAGGAUGUUAUUAAUAUCUGGAUUUUUCUUAUAAAUAAAACUGUUCUAAUAUGAGUCCCUCCAGUAUUACCAGAAUUUCAAGCAAACUCCAUGGUAUACUCAGGAACCUGCAAUGCUUCAAAAUGGCCGCAGAUUUUCUGCAGGUUUGGACUUGACAGCACACGUUUAGUCAAAGAUUUCUUCAAUUUCUGUGUAUGAACAAAAUUACAGCUAUCAUAGGACAUAAUUCCAUAUGUCUUCACUUAGAAGAAUUCCGUGUUUGCAAUUUCACCAAAUCAAAAGACACACAAAAUGACAGAAAUAUCAAGCAUUUCUGACUUCAUCAAUUGCAAAAACAAUCCUUGAAUAUUAGAUCAGCAUUUCUAACCCUGAUUUCUGUAUGUAUUUCCACACUGCCACAUGAUUGGUUUAUUGGAUAGCCACACACUUGGGCAGCAGUGUAGGUGUUCCUAUUAAAGUGACCUGUAAAUGUGUAAGUACUCUCAACUAUUAUGCUACAUUUAUUUCAGAACACACAUGAUAUAUUAGUUACAUGACAAUUUUUUUGUGGAUGACUCUGUAAAGACUUUGCUCAACGCACGGUGUGUGUAAUAAAAAAAAGUACUAAUAAAUUUUUUUUUUAAAAAGA